GUUUUCCCUUAUCGUGCCUGUGAUAUUAAGAGGAAGGGCUAUGAUCGGACGCUCAUCGAUCACAUCGCUGUCGUAUUCUUUGAUGAUCUGGAACCAUUCAUUACGGGAUGCGUUUCACUUGAUAAUCAGGUCAACCAUUUGUAAUCACUUUAUUACAUAUGGAGAGUUCUGGAUCUGA